GCCUCUCCACAGGCCACAGCUCAUCUCCCAGCCGCAGCCCGCAGCCACGGCACCCCCUCCCCCUCCGCCGCCGGCGCCGCCCAGCUCCCCGUUCCCCGGCCGCGCCCACGAGCAAGCGCGGGCGCCGCUCCGCGAACCGGAGCCCCGUUAGAGCCAACCACCGGACGCCGCUGACCACCGAGCGCCCCAGCUCCGUCUCCGCCGGCGGCGAUGACCUCGGCGCACUCCAAGCUCUACUCCGAUGACGUCAGCCUCGUCGUGGUGGUCGUCGACACCAACCCCUUCUUCUGGGCCGGCGCCGCGCUCCCCUUCGCCGACUUCUUGUCCCACCUGAUCCACUUCGUGAACUCGCUCCUGCUGCUGAGCAACCUCAACCACGUGGUCAUCAUCGCCGCGGGUGUCAGCUCCUGCGCCUACGUCUUCGACUCGGGCAAUGCUGGUGCCUCCGGCGCGGCAGAUGUUGCUGAAACCUUAGGCAAGGCGAGCCGCAAGAUGGAGGAGUUCAUUAAGCAGGAUGCCCGUGAGACUGCCAGCAAUGGCACCGUUGCUGAUGGCGGUGCGGCGUCGCUGUUUUCUGGCGCGCUGUCCCUUGCUCUGUGCUAUAUACAGAGGAUUUUUCGGUCUGGCACUCGGCAUCCGCAACCCAGGAUUUUGUGCCUGCAGGGUUCUCCAGACGGACCUGAACAAUAUGUGGCAGUGAUGAAUUCAAUAUUUUCGGCACAGCGUUCAAUGGUUCCAAUCGAUACAUGUAUCGUGGGGACACAAGACUCUGCUUUCUUGCAGCAGGUGAUAUUCUUUGGUGCCCUCUUGUGUUUUACUGAUCAUAUCGUCAUUUCCAAGCUUUGCCCGCAUAACACUUUCUUUUCCUUGCUAAUUAGAUAUUGUUGCCUCAUUUCGCAGGCUUCAUAUAUAACAGGAGGAGUUUAUAUGAAGCCCCAAGAACUAAGUGGUCUAUUUCAGUACCUUGCUGCUGUAUUUGCAACGGACUUGCACUCGAGAACUUUUCUGCGCCUCCCUAAGACCCUGGGAGUGGAUUUCCGUGCCUCAUGUUUCUGCCACAAGAAGACUAUUGACAUGGGAUAUGUUUGUUCAGUUUGCUUGUCAAUAUUUUGCAAGUACCAUAAGAAAUGUUCAACCUGUGGGUCAGAAUUCAGCCGUGUCAGCAUGCCGGAUUUGAAUUCCUUGCCAGAUCAAAGGCAGUAGUAGUCUGUAAACAGGGAAAUGCCAGACUGCAUACUGUUUCUUCACAGGCUGAAUCGCUGCGAGGAGGGGAUCAUGUGUGUAUAUUCGAGGGGCUACCAAUGUAUUAAGUACUAGGGAAACUCAAGUGCAAUUUUGUGGACAUUAUCCCGAGUGAAGAAUGUGCAUUAGUUUUGGAGUACUAUUUCAUUCUUCUUUGGGAGCUUCACCCUGAACCUGUAGCCCUUGAAACCUUGCUAAGCUGAUGCAAAACAUUGUCGGGAAUUAGAUAACUUCUUAUACA